AGAGAGGUUGUAGCCUGGGACUGUGAUCAUCAACACUCAACACUAAUCGUGUUAGUUAUAAAUACCAUUCAAGGAGGAAAACUGUUAAAUAACCAAAACUCCCAACACAUCUCUUAAAUUUCCACACUGUCCUAAAUCUCCUUUGAUUCUCCGAUGGGCACUUCCAUCCUAGACGCACUCAAUGUCCAAGUCGAAGGAUCCGGCGACCAAUUCCUCGUCCUCGCCCACGGCUUCGGCACCGACCAAUCCGCGUGGCAGCGCGUCCUCCCUUACUUCACUCGUCAUUACAGCGUCAUUCUCUACGACCUCGUCUGCGCCGGCAGCGUCAACCCCGAUUACUUCGAUUUCCGCCGCUACACCACUCUCGACGCCUACGUCGACGACCUCCUUAACAUUCUCGACGCCCUCCGAGUCAACCGCUGCGCCUACGUCGGCCACUCCAUCUCCGCCAUGAUCGGAAUGCUUGCUUCCAUUCGCCGCCCCGACCUCUUCACCAAACUCAUCCUCAUCGGUGCUUCUCCUAGGUUCUUGAACGACCGAGAUUACCAUGGAGGAUUCGAACAGGGAGAAAUUGAGCAAGUGUUAUCGGCAAUGGAGGCGAACUAUGAGGCUUGGGUAAACGGUUUUGCUCCGUUGGCGGUCGGAGCAGAUGUUCCGACGGCGGUUCGUGAAUUCUCUCGAACGUUGUUCAACAUGAGGCCAGACAUAUCACUGUUCGUGUCGAGGACCGUGUUCAACAGCGACCUGAGGGGGAUUUUGGGUUUGGUUAAGGCACCGUGUUGUAUUAUGCAGACCGCUAGGGAUAUGUCUGUUCCGGCGACGGUGGCGACUUACAUGAAGGAGCACCUUGGUGGCCGGAGCACGGUGCAGUGGCUUGACACGGAGGGUCACCUCCCUCACUUGAGUGCUCCUUCCUAUUUGGCUCGCCAGCUCGAGAUAGCCCUUUCACAGUAGCUAGCGCGUGGGACCUGGCGGCGCGUGGGAGUCUUCAGCGCGUGGGUGAGGGUGUGGUGCUUCAUGAGUAGUUAAAUCUAGUAUACUAGCAGCUACAGGAACCUAGGCCCUGCUUAGAGAGGUCCUAGAAGACUUGUACGAAAGGCUCUAAAAGUGGACACCUGGCGAAUAACGUGUGGGCGUUUGUUCUUCGACCGUGGGAUUUUAUUAAGGAUAAGAAUCUGCACGUGAUUGUCACGUGAUGCAUGGCCAGUUUUAGUAGUUAUGUUUUUCCCCUCUAUUUGUAAAAGAAAUGAAAGCAAGGAUCUUGUUUUUUUUUUUUUUUUUUUUUAAUUAUUAUUAUUAUUUAUAAAAGGUCUUGUUUUUUCU